UUGGUGAAGGUUUCUUAAAACCAACGGGCAGAGUCAGGAGCCAUAGCCAUAUACAUAAGCAGGGGAGUUGGAAGAUGUCCCCCCUAUUUGGACGUUAUUAUUGAAUUGAAUGGAUAUAUGCCGAUUCGCUUUGCUUAAUUCCCCACUUCAUCUUCCUCCUUUAUCGAUCCUCAUCAGGCCUCCUGUUCUGUUUCAAUCCUUCCAAACUUGCCCUCCAAAAAUCACCAAAUUUUCGCACCUGCCACUCCUCCCCCCAAAACCCAUCAAUCAUACUAGACUCCUCUGUACCUCCUCCCAUACUUCAUCGCCAUCGUCGUCAUCAAUGGAAGCUCCUCCCCAAGGUUACCGCAGGAAUGUCGGCAUUUGUCUCAUCAACGAUUCUAAGAAGAUUUUUGCUGCUUCAAGGUUAGAUAUACCCAAUGCUUGGCAAAUGCCGCAGGGUGGUAUUGAUGAGGCUGAAGAUCCAAGAACUGCAGCCAUGAGGGAAUUAAGAGAAGAGACAGGAGUUAAUUCAGCAGAAAUUCUUGCAGAGGUACCUUAUUGGUUAUCCUAUGAUUUCCCACCAGAAGUUCGGGCAAAACUUCAGCAACAAUGGGGAUCAGACUGGAAAGGCCAAGCACAGAAGUGGUUUCUUCUUAAGUUCACUGGGAAGGAUGAAGAAAUCAAUCUUUUAGGUGAUGGGAGUGAAAAACCUGAGUUUGGGGAGUGGUCAUGGAUGUCAGCAGAACAAAUUAUUGAUCUUGCUGUGGAUUUCAAGAAGCCUGUCUACAAGGAAGUUCUUGCAGUUUUCGCACCCUAUCUUCAAUAACCUAGGGUUGAGGGACCCUGAUUGAAUGAUUUGAGCAAAUGUUUUUCGCAAGUUUUUGUCCAUCGUUCAAGUUUUUGCUAGGCAUCUGUGAUCUAUCUGACCAUAAUUAAAAAAGCAAAAACCUGAGUUUUUGCUAGGCAUCCGUGAUCUAUCUGACCAUGUCAAUAAGUACUUUUUUGAUGUAAUGAAUUCACUAAAUCUUGAAAAUGAGAUAUCUGGCCGUGUAUAUAAUAUAACUGUUAUUUGUUCCCA